AAAAACCCCUUCCUCAGAACGAGAACCAUUUUUGGGUUCAAAACACUUUCCACAACACUUACAAUGUGCUUAUGCCUUCAGCCGAUUGUUCCAACCGAACACUGUUAAAGUGUUGAGAGAACCCUCUGCUUCCUGAAAGCUGAUAUGCUUUGAGAACCAAAUGGAGAAGUUGAUUCUGUCUGUCAUUAUUCUUCAUCACAGUGGUUUCUGUGAAACAAGAAAGAAAAAUCAAUUCAGGAUACAGAAACAAUACAGUCUACAACUCCUUUAAGAAAGAAAAGUUGAAGCCUUAGAUGAUGGAAAUUCGUUCUUCACCAUUUCCAUUUGAUUGGAGCAAUGUUCCCCAGCGAUUGCGGACAAAAAGGAAGAGAAAAUUUAAUGGUAAGGAAGCACUUUCUAGACCCAACAAAGUGCAUUCUAGAGCAAAGGAAGCACACUCUAGACCCAAGGAGGAAAUUUCUAGACCAAAAGAAAGGCAUUGUAGACCCAAGGAAGAACUUUCUAGACUCAAGAAUAAACUAGACAGUGGAAUUUUUGAUACUUUCUUGAUGAAAAUAUGGAAGAUUUUCCCAGAAGACAGGAAGACACAGUUUAUGUACUUUGACAGCUUAUGGUUUAGCCUUUACAGGAAUGCUUCAUCUAAGGAUAAGGUGCUGACUUGGAUUAGAAAAGAACCUAUUUUCUCCAAGUCAUAUGUUUUUGUUCCUAUAGUCUGCUGGGGUCACUGGAGCCUUUUGAUCCUCUGCCAUUUUGGUGAGAGCUUGCAAUCAGCUACUAGAUCACCAUGCAUGUUGUUGCUGGAUUCACUUGAAAUGGCCAAUCCAAGGCGACUUGAACCUGAGAUAAGAAGAUUUGUACUAGAUAUUUAUGAAUCAAUGGACCGGCCUGAGACAAGGCGAAUUGUAUCUCAAAUUCCAUUUUUGGUGCCUGAGGUGCCACAACAAAGAGAUGGUAAUGAAUGUGGAUUUUUUGUGCUCUAUUUCAUUAAUUUGUUUCUGAAGCAUGCUCCAGAUAACUUUAGCAUGGAGGGAUACCCUUACUUUAUGAAAAAAGAUUGGUUUAGCUUUGAUGGCUUGGAUAGGUUUCAUGAGGGACUUAUUCACUGAAUUAGAUGUCUCCAAACUUGACUAGACUAGUUAUUUGAUCUAAUAUACUUUAUUCUUGAUUGAUUAUAUUAGAUUGGUAAUGGGGCGAUAUGUUCAUAUAGGAGGCAGGUGCAUCUAAAAGUUUAGUCUAUAGUUUACAGGUUAUUCUCUUAUAUGCAUGUAGUUCAACUUUGUUAGACUCAUAUUUUCCUCUGCAGUUCAUGUUUACAGUAGCAAUUUGCUUCUAUUUGUUUUGUUAAAUUUUGUUCAAAUUCGUAAAA